GCGCCUCUGUCGUCCUGUGAACACUGCUCUGAUCAUAUUGGAAAUUGCGGAGGAGGAGACCAACUAUUUAACCAUCGAUAAUCGAAGACGGUAACAAUGCCAAGGAGGAAGCAAUGAGUCUGGUUAACAUCGACGAUUGGUUGCCGGUGCGGCGAGGAGAAGAGGAGUUGUGCAGGCAGCCUGGUUUGAGCAUCUCAGGAAUGGGAGUUCGUGCAGGUGUUUAUGGACAGGCGAUUUUCGCUCUCGUUUACGGCCUAUACUGCAUCUACCUUGCUACUCUUCCGCGCGACCGACGCCACACCUGGGCGCGCAAGGCCAUCUCCAGCAACAGCAUUGCUGCUAUGGGUAUCGUCCUAGAUGUCUAUGCCAUGUGGCACACCUAUCAAUACGGAUUCUCAACAUACGAUGCGGCGGUACAGGUGAACCUCAGCCUGCUCAUGUGUACCACCUGCCUCCUACUUGCUAUCAGCGUAUGGAUGCUCGCGCCUCUCGAUGCCAAUGCCGAUGGAGCCACAUUCGCAUUCCCUUUGGUAGGAGGACUGAUGCUUUUCACGACGAGCAUAGUCCUCGGGAAUCUCUCAUUAAGCCCAAGCCCAGCAUUGGCCUCCCUGUUCUGCACGCACUAUGGUACCUCGACACCCUACUCGUCUCCCAUCGAACUCAGUCCCAAGAUAUCGCAAUACUUCAUCUUUACAUUCGACGUGCUGAUGGAUCAUCUUGUCGCAACUUUUGUCCCUAGCGUUGGAUUCGGUCUCCUCUCCGGCGCGCUGACCGGCUGGAUCGAGCAGCGCGGUCUUCGCGUUCCCAAGGAAUGGACGAAAAUGCAUCUCCAGUCGAACUCUUUGACAAUUAUCAUGCGCGGAAGCCUCAAGCUUUCAGGAAUCGAGCACAUGAGUCUCCUAUGGCUAGGAGUAUGGGCAACCAAGAACGUCAAGCGCCUCCCUUGGGCGAUUGCCCUAUGCGUCCUAGUGUGCAGCACGUUCAUGCUCGCAUUCGCAUGGUGGACCGAAAUCAUCGUAUCGGCAAUUGAGAGACCUAGGGAGAUGACGAAAGAGGAGCUUGUAGCGCAGAGAAUUGCGUUUAGUGCCCUCGUUUUACCGACCGUCAGGAUGAUACCUCGACUCUGGUUGAUACCCUACAUUCGGCAUGUUGUAUGUGAUAGAGGAAGGGAUACAAAAGAAGACUAAUUUGUAUCGAUACCUAAUCCACAAUUCUCG